UAAAAACCGACAGAGGGGUGGACAGGAGAGACUCAGAGACAGAGAGACCAGCAUCAGAUAAUCACUACCUGCACAGAGACGAUGGACGCAGCUUACAAGAGAGUAAAUGGAAACUGCAGCCCAGAGGGAGAGACAGGAGAGUCGGGCACAGGGAGGAGAAAAAACUCAUAUCUGGAAGAAGACACCAGCAAGAAGUCGCAGGUGAUCUCCUGCAUCUUUUCCAUAAAGGAGGAGGUCGGUGCUUUGGCCAAGGCCCUGCGGCUCUUUGAGGAUAAGGGCAUCAACCUGACACACAUCGAGUCCCGUCCUUCGCGGAUGAACAAAGAAGAGUAUGAGUUCAUCAUCAGUGUGGAUCCCAGCUGCUCUCAGGCCCUGGAUGAGGUUAUCGAUUGCCUAGGCACACAGAUCAGUGGCCAUGUGCACGAGCUGUCACGCAAAAAGCAGAAGGACACAGUACCAUGGUUCCCAAGGGACAUCCAGGACUUGGACCGCUUUGCCAACCACAUUCUCAGCUAUGGUUCAGAGCUGGAUGCGGAUCACCCUGGCUUCAAAGAUCCGGUGUAUAGAGCCCGCAGGAAGGAGUUUGCGGACAUCGCCUACAACUACAGACAUGGCCAAGCCAUCCCCAGGGUGGAGUACACAGAGGAAGAAAAGGCCACAUGGGGAGUAGUCUUCAAAGAGCUAAAGACUCUGUACCCGACUCAUGCCUGCCGUGAACACAACCGGGUCUUUCCUCUGCUGGAAGAAUACUGUGGCUACAGGCCUGAAAACAUCCCACAGCUGGAGGACGUCUCACGCUUCCUGCAGUCAUGCACAGGUUUCCGGCUUCGCCCAGUAGCCGGUCUGCUUUCAUCCCGGGACUUCCUGGCUGGACUUGCCUUCCGUGUUUUCCAUUCCACCCAGUAUAUUCGUCACGGCUCCCAGCCCAUAUACACACCUGAGCCGGAUGUCUGCCAUGAGCUUCUGGGACAUGUUCCUCUGUUUGCUGACCCCCGUUUUGCCCAGUUUUCUCAGGAAAUCGGGCUUGCUUCUCUUGGUGCCCCCGAUGAGUACAUAGAGAAACUUGCUACUAUGUACUGGUUCACCGUCGAGUACGGCCUCUGUAAGCAAGGUUCUGACAUCAAAGUUUACGGAGCUGGUCUGCUGUCAUCGUUUGGAGAGCUGAAGUACUGCCUAACGGACAAGCCCCAACUGAAACCUUUCGACCCAGAGAAGACCAGCCAGCAGAAAUACCCGAUCACAGAGUAUCAGCCGGUGUACUUUGUUGCUGAAAGCUUUGAGGAUGCCAAAGAGAAAGUGGGGAAAUUUGCAACCAACAUCCCCAGGCCUUUUUCAGUCCACUACAACGCCUACACCCAAAGCAUUGAAGUCCUGAACAACACCCAGCAGCUGACCAACCUGGCAGACUGUGUCCACAGUGAACUUGGGAAGCUCUGCGAAGCCCUCCGAAAACUGGAGUAACUGCUAAUCCAGUCGGACCUGAUUGCUUGUCUCCUUCAUAUUAAUGAGUUUCUUGUUUCUUCUCAGCUUGCUAGAAAAUUAGCUACACAAAAACACAGCAGUCUGACUAAGAUUACAUUAGACUAGAAAAUAUAUCAAAUAAACUGUAGCAUGUAUAUCGUAUACAGGAAGUUGCUAGGAAUGUGUCUGCUGAAGCUGGACGUAUUACACCUGCAUGAAUGUUAGUGGAUUUAUUUUUCAAAAUAAAUGUAUUUGACAUCAACAUCUUUUAGUUAACUUUGUUUAAUCUAAGCUUUUCUUUGAGCACUUUGCUUUUCGUCUGAUGCAUUUCUCUGAUUUGUUUCUAAGUGUUUUAUAGUGAAAAAUUCUUUCCUGUCCCCAUGUUUAACUUGUUUCCCAAAUAAGCAUUUUUUUGUGCAUAAAAAAGUAAUAAAAUCAUUACAGUC